CAAGUCAGCUCCCUGUAGCUAAUGUUAGCAAAGACAGUCUGCCUUUAGAUAAGCUAGCAGCGCCGAAUAACUGUAUUGUAGUCAUACAACAGCCAUUUGGAAUUCAGAAUGAUCAAUGCUUAAUGGUAAUCAAGCUAUGUAUUUCGUUCGCAUGGGAAGCUUAAUAGAGAACCUAGCUAGUUGCAGGGAAGUUAGCCAACACUAGCUAGCAUGCUAAUGUCAAUGAAUGCGACCAGAGGAAACUGUUCAUAGUUUCAGGAUGACGAAUCAGCAGUUUACUACACUGGCUUACACGAAAAGCCCCAAAACAUCAAAGAGGACAACAUUCCAGGAUGAACUACAGGCUGCUGUGUCCGCCAGGGCUAGCAAAACUGUAACCGACCAAUACUCCUACCCUGAUGACUUUAAUGAAGAUGAGGAUGAUUUUUUUAAUCAACUCCUCAAAUCAAGAAAAGAGAGGGCUAGUGCAUUUAAGGCUGGGAAGAGUAAAUCCAAAAUCAACAACUUUGAGAUUUCCGACGAUGAUGACAAACAUGGCAGGACAAAGAGAGUUUCAUUUCUGAAAUCCAAAAGAAUUGAAACUCCCUUGGAAGACACGAUGGCCCCAGAGUCGGGGGAAAACGAUCUGUCCGACUCUUCCACCAGUCGACACAACAAUUAUAAUGACUCAUUAUCUACCCAGCGCUCCACAAACGUUGGUGAAGAUAACAUAAAAUAUAAAAGCAGUUAUGAGGGAACUGCUAAUUCCCAAAUGACGAGACAGAGCUCAGUGAAAUCUCUGUCAUUCCAAGCAUCAGAUGACACUCUACCAGACAUGCUAUUGCCCUUACCAUCUGACAACAGUGUGAUGGAAACCCCAGUUCCCGAUGAGAACUGCAACUUGGCAGAAAGCAACCAGAGUGCGCAGUUAUCAGCAAACAACCUAACACACGUGUCAACAGCAGAUACUGAAAGGGAGCCACCCAAGCCUAAACCAAGGCAAAGGACUCUCGGAUUGGGUCUCCACACUGCAGCGAAAAUAGCUGAAAGUGGUGAAUCUCAGGAACUGAGCAGGCCCCAGACUUCUUCUGCAUCCAUUCCCCUCUCCACUGACACAUCCAGCAACAACACUUGGACGAAAGGAGAUUGCGCAGUUUCAUGCAGCCUCAGCAAAUCUUUUUCAAGUAAGAGUGAACAGUCACAGCUCUCUGCAAAGUCCACUAUUGAUUCCAGAGAUGACCUCAUUUCUGACGAGGGCAAAAGGCAGGAGAGCAAGUACUCCACGUCCUUUGAAGAGUUUAGUGCACAAUCGGGAGAUGGCCCAUAUCAAACUUCUCAAGUCAAUGAAAAAUCAUUUGAUAGCAGGACAUCAAGUUCUCAUUCAACGACUACUCAGAGAUCUCACAGUGCCUGCUCCAGAAACGUUGAGUCAAAGUAUUUAGGAUCGCUCAAACUUCUGGAUCGAAAAGUCUCAAUAGAAGAUUCUCAGCCUCAAACAGCAGAUUCAAUCCGAGCGGCCAUUUACCAGGAAUGGCUCCAAAAGAAAAAUGAAAAGUCAAGAGAGAACAUGCAGCAAAAGAAGAAAGAGGAAAUCCUUAAAGAGAAAAAGAAAAGGGAAGAAGAGGCUAAAAAGGAAUAUGCUGUAGCAUCAUAUGAGGCUUGGAAAGAACACAAAGCACAAAGUCUCAAAGCAAAAGCCAAAGAAAAGCAAGAUGCGAUCAUGAGAGAGCAAAGAGAGCUUGAAGGAAAACAAGAAAAAAUGCAAUCUGCUAAACAGGUGUUUGAAAAAUGGAAACGUGAACAUGAUCAUAUCCUCAAAGAAAAGUCCAGAAAACAAAGAGAAGCUGAAAGUAAACUUCAGUUUGGAAAACAAGAAAAGGAGAAAGAAAGGAAAAAUGAAAGCAAAUCUGCGGUUUGUGGUUGGCAUGAUAAAAAGAAGGAUGUUCUCCAAGAAAAAGUGACAAUGAAGCGUAAAGAAAUACAAAAUAAAGCAGAGGAGGAACGCUACAUGAAAGAAGAGAGAGAUAAAAUGGCUUUAGAGAUGUAUGAAAGCUGGCUGGUAAGGAAAGAUCUGGAACAGAAGAGACAAAAGGAAGAAAGACGAAUACAAACCAUUCUCAGAGAUAGUCCACCUCCUCCAUGGAGCCCUCCAAAUAAAACAAUACCAUUUCGAAAAUAAUAUGUGAGUUUGAUAUAACCCCUUUAAAAAUAUCUAUAGGUUCUAUGAUACCUUUUUUUUCAUUGUACAUUUUGUACUGUUUGUUGUGUUUUAACAAUUGUUGAUCCUAACAGUUAGAUUAUAAAUAUGAGCCAGCAGCUCUAGUGUAAGUUUAAUUUGUAAUAUGUUUGGAUGAUAUGUCGCAGUAUGUUUUUAAAGUUGGAAAAAAGUUGUUUGUCAAAACCAAAGGAAACAAUACAAAUAAGAUGUAUAUAAACCCGCUUGUCUAUUUUGCCAUGUUAUACAUCUUAAUGUUAAGCAGCAAUAGGAAAAAUAUUAAUGUAGGAGGGUAGAAUAAUUUGCCUGAAGUCUUCUAUUGUUCAUGGUUGAACUGCUGUUUAUGACUCUUUUUUUACCUUUAAAAUACAAGACCCGAAAACAUCACACGAUCGUAGAAACAGAUCUCUUUAAUAUUCAGCUUAUUUUAUGCUCAUUAUUGAUUCAGUUAUUAUAUUUGUGUAUUUGUAUUUGAAAUGGUGUUCCCUUUCUUGUUGUCAUUGGCAUAUUAUUAUUGAUAAUACAGUUUGAUCAAUAAACAGGUCGUUCUAUUAAGUGACCGUAAAAUAGCAAACUAAAUAACA